CUUAACUACUAACUAGCCAAACCUACUUUUACUUCUGGGUUCUUUUGUAUCUCCACAAUGGAAAACGAAGCAAUGCAUUCUUUUUCUGUCAAUAAAUAUAUUGAUACAUUAGCUUGGGUUGCUAAACUGCCAGGCGACACAAUUGGACGUAACGAGAGAGAUGCUUCCAGUGAUAAAAUAAUGGAGUCUAAUGCUGGUGCUUCUUCUACUGGAAAUUAUUGUAAAGAAUAUAUAAAUUCUGAGUACAAAGAAAGUCAAAAAGAAAGGAUGCUGAUAAAUAAAACUUCAAGUAAUAGCUUUAAUAACAUUAUAAUGAAAAAUCACCAGAUGGCAACUACAAAUGAUGCAGUGAAAAAGGAAAUAAUUCCUUGUGAAUUUCCUUCAGUAACAUCACCUGCUUCAGAAGUAUCGUCUCUAUCAGAAUUAUCGUCUCUUUCAGAAAUAUCAUCUUCUUUAGAAACAUCACCUCUUUCAGAAACAUCACCUCCUUUAGAAAAAUCAACUGCUCCUAAAACAGAUACAAAUAUUGAGAGCACAAAUAGUUUAAAUAAAAACUGUAAAAGGAAAUUGGGCUUCCCGCCACAAACAUCUGAUGUAGCUGCCACUUUCUGUAGUUCUGCUAAGGAUAAUGAAACAAUAUGGCCAGUGUUGAUUCCUUGCAAAAAAUUCGCAUUACCCCAAAAAACUGAAAGCACAAGUGAUUUAAAUAAAAACUGUAAAAGGAAAUUAGGCUCCCCACCACAAACAUCUGAUGUAGCUGCCACUUUCUGUAGUUCUGCUAAGGAUAAUGAAACAACAUGGCCAGUGUUGAUCCCUUGCAAAAAAUUCGCAUCACCCCAAAAAAUCACCACCAGUAACAAGGUUCAAACCCCAUAUUGUUUAGCUGAUUAUGACGUAUAUAUAACAGAGGUUUUUAUACCACAACGUAGGGAUCCCAACAGAUGGAACAUGAAAGAUACCAAAUUUUGUAGCCAGCCUCAGUCACAUGAUAGAAAACUUUUUGAUGAUACAAGUGUCAUUCAAAUAAAAAAUGAUUCAACUGAAAAGUUGAUUCCUGUACACUCUGUUGCCCAGGACCGAAAUGUGAACACGGUUCAAAUAAAGUCAUUUGAAAAGUCAAAGCCAGUACAUCCUGUCACACUGAUGACCUCUGUUGCACAGAUGACCUCUUUCACACCAAUGACCUCUGUUGCACCAAUGACUUCUGUUUCAUCAAUGACCCGUGUCACACCAAUGACCUCUGUUUCAUCAGUGACCAGUGUUACACCAAUGACCCCUGUCACACCAAUGACCUAUGUUGCACCAAUGACCUCUGUUUCAUCAGUGACCAGUGUCACACCAAUGACCCCUGUCACACCAAUGACCUAUGUUGCACCAAUGACCUCUGUUUCAUCAAUGACCUGUGUCACAUCAAUGACCUGUGUCACACCAAUGACCUCUGUUUCAUCAGUGACCACUGUCACACCAAUGACCCCUGUCACACCAAUGACCCCUGUCACACCAAUGACCCGUGUCACACCAAUGACCCGUGUCACACCAAUGACCCGUGUCACACCAAUGACCCGUGUCACACCAAUGACCCUAGAUGCACAGAUGACAUCUGUUGCAGCAAUUACCUCAUACAGACAAAUUAGCUCUGAGAUUGUACGUUUCACAGAAAUUGAAAUUGAACAACCGUUUAGAAAAGUUUUCUCUACAAAAAAGAGGGAGCUUGGCAAACUUUUUAAUGAAGAAACAGGAAGCUGUAGCAAUCAACUGACCAGAGCUGUUUCUAAUCCAACUGUCAACAAAGCCCUAUCCAGUUCUAUGACUAAAUAUGUUACAGCUGACCGCCCAAUAGACAGUAGCCAGCACACAGAAACUGGAGUUAAAGAGACCAAACAUUCUGGACUUACAGCAGCAGUACCUCCUACUAAUUACGUGUUAUGUAAUGUGUGCAAGUCAUCUGACAUUGACAUCAAGUUUGCCACCUGUGGUAGCCAGCAUAAAAUCUGCAAGUCUUGUGUCCAGCCUAAAGUUGAUGCUGUCUUUCUAGAUGGGCAAAAGAUGCAUGUUUCUUGUCCAGAAAGAUUUUGCCAGGGAAUAAUUGCAAUGGAUUCACUGAAAUCCUUACUGGACAAUCAUUUGUUUAGCCUACUUACGCGUAAGAUCCAGAAAAAUGAAGAAGAGGCUUCUUUUCAAUUUAUCCAAAACAUGGAUGAUGAUUUUAGCUGCCCAUCAUGCUCUUAUACGAUGGAAUUAGACAGGGAGAGGCUGGUUUACACCUGUAGGAAUAGAUUUUGUUCUGAGAAAUGCUGUCAUUACUGUAAGUGUUCUAUGCGGAACCAAGACAAGCAUGAGGAAUGCUGGCUGCUGGACUUGGCUGGCACUGAGUGCCUGGAAAUCUUUUCUAAACUUCCAGUCAACUGGAAAUGGAUUUCUCCCACAGGGAACAGCCAUGAAUUGGUUGAGCUUGAUGCUGCUAGUGCAGAAUUUCUUAAGUGGGUGACUUUUUUUAAUGCGACAACACACUUGCAAGUACUUAAAAUUUGGAACGUCCAGAAUAAAAUGCUGUGGGAAAAAUAUGUCUUAAAGAGAAAACACAUGAAGGAGGAACUUGGUGUAGCAGGCGUCAAGGAAAGGCUACUCUUCCAUGGAACAGAUGAGAAUAAUGUGGCAGCCAUUUGCAACACGGGUUUUGACAUGAGAGUCCCAACUGUCAAUGGUCGCAAUUUUGGCAAAGGGAUCUACUUCAGCACUUGGGCUCAAUACUCACAGAGGUACUCAAAACAAGGCAAGAUGAUGAUCAUCACUAGAGUGCUGUGUGGCAAGUCUUGUUUAGGCUACCCAAGUCUGACACGACCCCCACCUGACCAGUCUGGACGCCUGUAUGACACCUGCGUCAACUCACCAAUGUGGCCCACAAUAUAUGUUGUCUUUGAUAACUCACAAUGUUAUCCUGGAAUAUUAAUCCAGUGGAAAUGA